GGAGGAUCUGGGGUCUGCUGGGUCCCCUUGGCCCUGAGCUGCUCCUGAUGAAGUCACAGCCUUUCAAAGCUGGGGACAAAGAGAAGCAGCUCCGAGGACAUGGUAAAUCACCCCAAGCACUCUGUGCUCUUCCAGGUCUCCUGUCUGUUUGUCCUUACCCAGCUGCUUAGCUGGGUGACCACAAGUGAGUCUUUCCGGGUCUUCGGUCCCUCAGAUCCCAUUGUGGCUGCACCAGGUGGGGAAGCCAUCCUUCCCUGCUCCGUGAUUCCAGCCAUGAACGUGGAGAACAUGGAGGAGCUGAGGUGGUUCCGCAGCAGGUUCUCAGAAGCAGUACUUGUCUAUCGGGACCAAGAGGAGCAGAAAAGAGAGCAGAUGCCUGAGUAUUCCUGGCGGACCUCUCUGGUGAAGGAUCAGUUCCAUCAAGGCACAGCUGCUGUGAGGAUCCAAAAUGUCCAGGCAUCAGAUAGUGGGAUAUACAUCUGCCACUUCAAACAGGGAGUGUUCUAUGACGAGGCCAUCUUGGAACUGAAGGUGGCAGCAAUGAGCUCUGUCCCUGAAGUGUACAUCAAAGGUCCAGAAGAUGGUGGAGUGUGUGUUGUGUGCAUGACCUCAGGGUGGUACCCGAAGCCCCAGGUGCAUUGGAGAGACUCCAGAGGAGAGAAUCUCACAGCAUCCUUGGAGAUCCACCGUGAAGAUGCUCAAGGACUGUUCAGCACAGAGACCUCACUGGUGGUGAGAGACAGCUCUGUGAGGAAUGUGACCUGCUCCACCUUCAAUCCUAUCUUGGGCCAGGAGAAAGCCAUGGCUAUGUUCCUCCCAGAGCCCUUCUUCCCUCAGGUCUCGCCCUGGAAGCCAGCUUUUCUUGUAUCCCUGACCAUGAUGGGAGUCCUAGUCUUAGGGACAAGCUAUCUUCUCAGAAGGGAACGUUCUGCAAGGGUGAACGUGCAGCAGGAAAUGGUGAAUUUUCUGCGUGAGAAGAAUGAUUUACAGAAGACAAAGCUGGGUACCCUGAUGACUGCUGAUGCACUCUGUGAGGAGCUCGCUCGAAGGAAAGCAGCUUACAGGGCAGCCUGGAGGAAAGCCCAGCUCUAUGCAGAUUGGCGCAAGGAACACUUCCAGACCUGGACUUUCACUCUGGAUCCAGCCUCUGCCCAGUCUAACCUUGACAUCUCCCCGGAUAGGCUGAGUGUGACCCGGAAGGAUUCUAGUAUGCACUUGUAUGACUUCUCCAGUGUGUUAGGCAGCAGAGGCAUCUCUUCUGGAAGACAUUACUGGGAGGUGAAGCUAAAAAACAGAAAAGACAGCAAAUGGAUUCUGGGGGUCUGUAGGGAAGGUGUGGACAGAAAUGACAUUUAUUUUGAGAGUCCAGGUAAUGGGUUUUGGACUGUGGGGAGGUCUAGUAGAGGAUAUAGGGCCUAUACUGACUCUGAGUGGGCUUAUUUAUUGGUCAGGCAAGAUCCGAAGAGUGUGGGAGUGUUUGUGGACUACACUGAAGGUGACAUCUCCUUCUAUAACAUGAGUGACAUGUCCCACAUGUGGUCCUUCAAAGGGGUUUCCUUAUCUGUGAUUCUUUUUCCAUAUUUCAGGCUUACGUCUGGAAAUGUUUCAGUGAUUAUCAGCUCCAUGGCAUGUGUGUCUGAGGGGAGGGAGGGAGAUCAGGAGGAGGAAGGGGAGGAACAAGGGGAGGGCAAAGAGGGGGAAGAAGUUAUUUUGCUUCCUCUCGAGGAGUCUCUGAGCCCUGCACGGGAGGGCCUGGUUCCAGGCUCUUGUGCUGUGGACUCUCUCCCAGGGGAAGGCUCUCCAUUCCUCCAGCAGACCAUGAACUCUCUGUUCCCAUAG